AUGAUGCUGAGCCCGGGAAACUACGUGGACAACAACGGACGGUGCUAUCACCCCUACAUCAGCGAAUGGGGUUCGGAUCCCCAGAAUACGAACCUGGCUACCUUCCUGAGGGUGCUGUCAGACAUUUUCAGUAAGGAACCUCCUGUUUACAGUCGUCCUACACCUGAAUACGGACCUCCACCUACCUAUCCCUCUCAGAACGACCAGCAACAGACACACCAGAUGCAGCGUCCUCCGCCUUUGGCCCCACAAUCGGGUAUGCCAAUCCAGCCUGUUCAAACUGGCCAGCAUGCUGUGCCACCUGUGACCAACCACACAGGUCAACAUAUUCAGCAACAGCCCAUGCGUACGGGUCCUGUAGAUCUGGGUGGCUCUUCGACUCAUGCUUCCGAAGCAGUGCCUCCCCUUCCGCCCAAGCCACCGCAGCAAUGGAACCAGGGCGCCGUACCUCAGCCACCGGCCCAGUAUGCUCAGUAUGCUCAGCAUGCUCAGCACCCUCUCCAGGCCAGCCACCACCCUCAGGCACGCGGCGGUCCUCUUUCUCAGCAGUUCACUCCUCACCACAGAUCCCGUGCUUCCCGCACAGAUAUCAUGGACAUGGACACCGCAAAGUCUUCUGACGAACCGGCUCCACCUAAACCCCCUAACCCUGAGCGAAUGAAGGCCUUAGAUGACCUACACUCUCAGCUGAAGAAAGAAGCGGAUGCCAUCCAGGCAAACGUGCAAGCAGAUGAUGCCCAGAUUGAAGGUCUCUGGAUGAAACUCAGCUCUCUGGAAGCAGGCGUGUCUUCGGAAGUACUGCUGCUCAGACAACUGGAAGCGCAGGCAGACAAAAACAACAAGAUCCUGUCAGACAAAAUGGACCAGGCUCGUCGAGUCAUUACACAGGCCAGAGCCUGCGAGAUCCCAGAUAUCGACUCGGCUGUUUGUGCAGAGAAUGUGGUCUUCAACCAACUGUACGAUCUGACUGCCCAGGAACAAGCCAUUGACGACACUAUUUAUGCUCUCAGUCUUGCUCUUGACCGAGAAAAGAUCACCGUUGAGCCGUUCAUGAAGCAUGUUAGAAACCUGGCCCGCGAGAAGUUCAUCAAGGUUGCCACGAUUGAUAAAAUCGCCGUUGGCGCUGGCCUCAAGUAG